UUUUUUGGGGGAGGGCGAGAGGGGGGAAAGCAGCGUGUAUUUUUUGGGUGCAAACCCCGGACUUUGCAAAACAAUCUCCGCCCCCGAGAGGAUAUUUAAUCUGCAACAGAGAUCGCUGCUCGCGGAGGCAAACUUGAGCCGGGGAAGGGGAGCAGGGAGCGGAGGAAGGGGACCCCCGCCCCGCUCCCGGCCCCGCCGGAGCCCGACCCCUGCAAAGGAAGAUGCGUCUCUCCCGGCAGCUGCUCUUGGGACAAGACUUUCGUCUGGACUGAUCGAGACUGGACUUUUUAAGGACGAGCUUACCCAUCUAAGGGCGAUUUGGGCAUAAACAGCAACACAAACUCUGAUUUGGUGCUGGAAGCUGCCUCGGCCACUGAACAGCUGCUCUCACCCUGCUUCUGUCCCUCCCCCGUCCUGUUCUCAAAAGAGGAUCCUGAGCUAUUUUGCCGGUUUUUUUUUUUUUAAUUGUUGUUGCAUGAAUUUUAUUUUAGGUGGUUGCCUUUUACGGCUGGCUUGGCUGUUUUGGGGUCUUGCAGACUGCGAGCUGCAGUAGCAGCUCCACCGCCUCUCGUCAUGGCUAGCCCCACGGAUAAUAACGAGGGCUUCUUCUCGGAUGUCAGAAAGGUGGGUUACUUGCGCAAACCCAAGAGCAUGCAUAAACGAUUUUUCGUGCUGAGGGCAGCCAGUGAGUCUGGACCCGCCCGGCUGGAGUAUUACGAGAAUGAGAAGAAAUGGAGACACAAGUCAGGGGCCCCCAAGCGCUCUAUCCCACUAGAAAGCUGCUUCAACAUCAACAAACGGGCUGACUCCAAGAACAAGCACCUGGUGGCCCUCUACACCAAGGACGAGCACUUUGCCAUUGCAGCUGACAGCGAGCCUGAACAGGAGAGCUGGUACCAAGCGCUGCUGCAGUUGCACAACAGGGCCAAGGGCCACCACCACCUCCAUCACCAUCACCACCACCACCACAGCGAUGUCACCUUUGGAGGCAGCAGCAUGGGACUGGGGGAAGCAGGUGAGGACAGCUAUGGUGAGGUAGCCCCUGGCCCAGCUUUUAAGGAAGUUUGGCAAGUAAUUCUGAAGCCUAAGGGCCUAGGCCAGACAAAGAACCUGAUUGGCAUCUACCGCCUGUGCCUGACUAACAAGACCAUCAGCUUUGUGAAGCUGAAUUCAGAUGCGGCUGCUGUGGUGCUGCAGCUGCUCAAUAUCCGCCGCUGUGGUCACUCGGAGAACUUCUUCUUCAUUGAGGUGGGACGCUCAGCUGUCACUGGGCCCGGUGAGUUCUGGAUGCAAGUGGAUGACUCAGUGGUGGCUCAGAACAUGCAUGAAACUAUCCUGGAGGCCAUGCGAGCCAUGAGCGAGGAAUUCCGGCCCCGCAGCAAGAGCCAGUCCUCCUCAAACUGUUCCAACCCCAUCUCUGUGCCCCUUCGCAGCAGGCACCACGUCAACAACCCUCCACCUAGCCAAGUGGGCCUCAGUCGGCGGUCCAGAACCGAGAGUGUCACGGCCACUUCUCCUGCUGGUGGUGGAGGUACAGGUGGCAAACCCAGCUCUUUCCGGGUUCGAGCAUCAAGUGAUGGGGAAGGCACAAUGUCAAGACCUGCCUCUGUGGAUGGUAGCCCAGUUAGUCCCAGUGCUAACCGGACUCAUUCGCAUAGACACCGUGGCAACUCCAGGCUCCAUCCUCCACUCAACCACAGCCGGUCCAUCCCAAUGCCUUCCUCGCGCUGCUCUCCUUCAGCCACCAGUCCAGUCAGCCUGUCAUCCAGCAGCACGAGUGGCCACGGCUCCACCUCAGACUGCCUGUUUCCACGAAGGUCCAGUGCUUCGGUUUCCGGCUCCCCUAGCGACGGUGGAUUUAUUUCUUCUGAUGAGUACGGUUCCAGCCCAUGUGACUUUCGCAGCUCUUUCCGCAGUGUGACCCCUGAUUCAUUGGGACACACCCCACCAGCCCGGGGUGAUGAAGACCUCAACUACAUCUGUAUGGGGGGGAAGGCCACCUCCUCUUGCUGCAGCUUGGCAGCCCCCAAUGGCCACUUCAUCCCACGCACCUGCCACCCACAGCAGCAGCCCCGCUAUCCUAGUACGCCCUGCUGUCCUCGAGGUGGUAGUGAGGAGGUUGCCGACUUAGAGAAGGCAUUCAGGAAGCGGACUCACUCUGCAGGCACUUCACCCACCAUCUCCCACCAGAAGACACCCUCACAGUCUUCAGUGGCCUCCAUUGAGGAGUACACGGAGAUGCUGCCUUCUUACCCCUGUGGCAGCAGCCGGCUGCCCUCCUACCGCCACUCAGCCUUUGUGCCCACUCACUCUUACCCAGAGGAGUGCCUGGAGAUGCACCACCUGGACAGUGGCCAUCAUCGGACCAACUCCGCCCCGCACACGGAUGAUGGCUACAUGCCCAUGUCACCUGGUGUAGCCCCUGUGCCCAGUGGUGGGGCGCCCCUAAAGGGUGGUGACUAUAUGCCCAUGAGUCCUAAGAGCGUGUCGGCUCCACAGCAGAUCAUCAACCCUGGCAGGGGGGGCCGCCACCCUCCAGCCACAGUGGACUCCAACGGCUACAUGAUGAUGUCCCCCAGCGGCAGCUACUCCCCCGACAACAGCUCUGCAGGCUAUGGCAAGAUCUGGACAAACGGUGCCGGCCACCACCCAAAACUCUCGGUGGAGAGCAACGAAGGGAAGCUCCCCUGCGGCGGCAGCGACUACAUCAACAUGUCCCCAGCCAGCGGCUCCACCACCAGCACCCCGCCUGACUGUUACUUCGGGGCUGCGGGGCAGCCGGGGGUGGAGGAGGUGGCCACGGCAGCGCACCACAAACCCAUCUACUCCUACUUCUCGCUGCCGCGCUCCUUCAAGCACGUGCACCGGCGGGGCGGCGGCAGGCUGGCCGAGGAGGGCAGCCCCCAGCCCCGCAUCGCGCUCGGCUCCAGCCGCCUCCUCUACGCCGCCGAGGAUUCGUCCUCGUCCACCAGCAGCGACAGCCUGGGCGGCGGCGGCGGCCCCGAGGGCGGCCCCCCUCCGCAAGCGCAGCCCCUGCGCAAGGUGGACACGGCCGUGCAGACCAAGGGCCGCCUGGCGCGGCCCACGCGGCUGUCGCUGGGCGGCCCCAAGGCCAGCACCCUGCCCCGGGCCCGCGAGCAGCCCCCGCUGCUGCUGCCCCCGGAGCCCAAGAGCCCCGGCGAGUAUGUCAACAUCGAGUUCAUCGCCGGCGAGAAGCCGCCCUUUCCCUCGGGCGCCCUGGGCAUGGCCCUGCCGCCGCCGGGCAGCGAGGCGGCCGAGGAGUACAUGAACAUGGAGCCGGGCCCGCCGCGGGCCCCCUGCCCGCCCGGCUUCGCCGCCGCGCGGGCGGCCCGGCCCGGCCGGGACUACGUGGCGAUGCAGCGCGGGGGCGCGGCAGCCGCCGGGGGCUCCUGCUCGGACUGCGCCGACAGCCCGUCCCCCGGCUCGCCCGCCCGCCCGCUCAGCUACGCCGAGGUGCGGGGGGGCCGCGCCGCCCCCGAGAAGCCCCCGCCGGCGGCCGCAACCGCGGCGUCCCCGGAGCUGCCGCGGCCGCCGGCCGAGCUGUCGGCGGCGCCGCCGCGCUCCUCCUCCCUGCUGGGGGGCCUGGGCACGGGCAGCGCCUUCACCCGCGUCAGCCUCAGCCCCGGCCGCAACCAAAGCGCCAAGGUGAUCCGCGCCGACCCGCAGGGCGGCCGGCGGCGGCACAGCUCCGAGACUUUCUCGUCCACGCCGAGCGCCGCCCGCGGGGCGCCGGGCGGGCUCGGGGCGCCCUUCCCGUGCGGCGGCGCGGGGGGCGCCGAGGAGGUGAAGCGGCACAGCUCGGCCUCCUUCGAGAACGUGUGGCUGCGGCCCGGCGCGGGGGAGGCGGCCGCCCGCAGGGAGCCGGGAGGCGCGCCCGCCCUGGAGAACGGGCUCAACUACAUCGACUUGGACUUGGUGAGGGACUGCGGCCACCGUCGCCACCACCACCCGCACGCCCCCGCCGAGGCGAAGCAGCCGCUGCCGCCGAAGCCCCCGGGGCAGCCGCGCGGGAGCGGCCACUGCGGCGAGGACCUGAGCGCGUACGCCAGCAUCAGCUUCCAGAAGCGGGAGGAGAUGUAGGAGCCGGGCGCCCGCCGGGGAAGAACGAUGACCUACACAACCUCAACAAAUCCUUCUUUUAAACUCAUGGGUAUCAAGACUAUAAAUGUUUCAUGCUAUCACAACUAGGACCUCACCUCCUCCUCCUCCUCUUCCUCUGUAAAUGGGUACGAUGCAUCCAGUUCAGUUUGUUUACUUUACACAAACCUCAGGAGUUAGUUGACUGAGCUGCACAUCCUGUGUUGUGCCAAGCAGAAGCACUGUGACACCUGGACAACGAGUCUCUCUUACUUCAUCCUCUACCAUAAGGACUUAGCUGGCCACAUGAACUGAUGUGCCCACCACUGUGUCAUGGUGAGAAUGGGUAUUUUACUAGCACAUUUACACAACUUCAUUUGCUGCUGAAAAUCUGUAUGACAAAUCAUCAUUGUAAAUUAUUACAUACAAAACUUAAUGUUGGUUGAAGAGUAUUAAAUAUUUAACAUAGUUUUUGAUUUAUACAUGUACUUUUUUAAUUAAAAUGUAACUUUUCCUACAGCACAUCUUUUUUGAUGUGGAACUGAGGUAUACUAUAUUCUGUUGUAAACAGAGUGGGAAACCUGCUUAAAACAAGGCUUCUAAGAAUAGAGUAGGGUACUAUUCUUGUUUUAAGAUUGUAAUUCAGAAAAUAAUAUAAUAUGAGUCAUUGGUCCCUGGGCCUUGAUUGUACAGUCAUAUUUACUGAUACUAUCAGUUGUAAGAUAACCCUGAUGUUGAGUUGAAUUCUUUCCAAAAGAAAAAUAAUUUUGUACUCCUUGUAAAAUAAUAGUCUGUAUUAACUACAAUGAAGACAAACGUUACUGUACAUGGUAUUUACAAGUGUCGACUCGAAUUCAUCAAUUGCACAGGAACCAACAAAAAAAUCAGAAAAAGGAAAUCAAAGUCUUCCAUUGUAUAUAUUGUAAAGAAGAAAAAGAAAAAAAAACCACCAACAGAAAACCACAAAACAAAAUGAAAACAAAAAAAGGGUGAACUUUUCAAAUUGACUCUUUCCCUGGAAUGAAAAUGUAGGUGUUUGUAAAUUCUGGAAAUCUCUUUCUAUAUGUAAUAAACUAGAUACUGUUUUAUCUGCUGUAGUAGUUUUUGGGUUUUUUUUGUUUUCUUGGUAAGCUGUCUCAACUCAAAUUGUCCCUUCAGGUUUCUGUGUGUCAUUGAGAACGUCUGUGGACCUCCAUAGCUUAAGAAUGAAGUCAAGUGUAAUUAGGUGUAGUAGGGAGUAUGCUUCCUUGCAUUAUUUCACUAAAGCCCUUGUUUCAGUUCUCUGGAGAAUCUUCAGGAUACAGCCCUCCUUCCACUGAAGUUAGUGGAAGAGCUCACAGCAAGUGAAAUCACUUGGAAGCCAUAGCAAGACUUCAGCAGAAAAUCUAAAAAGAAUGGCUCAGCUGAUUGUCUGGAAAUCAGUGCAAGAGGAAGGAUGAGGAAGAAUUCUUCUGUGACUCUCCUUUGCACCACUCUGGUUUUAUGCAGAUAGAAAUUCUUUUGUACAUUGCACUUGCAGAGUCUUAAUUCUUUUGGGGACUGGAAAAGUACUGAGAUCAUGGAUUUUCAAGUAAAAUGUUGUUGAAGUGAUAAUUGAACUUGAAGCCGUGUCAGGUCCCUGUUGGUCCCUCCUGCUUCUGCGAAGCAACUCCAUGGACCAGUGCACAUUCAACAGAAUUGUUGUUAUCAGGAACAGGCAGGCAUUCACAGCACCAGCUCUCCCUGCAGGAAGGCUGUCAGACCCUCAAAGAGGGAGUUUCUUCCCGCUGAGAUGUUUAUGAUGUCUGGGGUUAGGCUGUGGUUAAUGCAGCGUCCUCUUCUGACUGCAGUAUAGACCGAGGGGCCAUUGCACAGCUGCUUUUCACCUCUCCUUUGGCUGGAGGCAAACCAUUUCCCUGGAUCUGCUGGUGUUAUUGCACCUAUAAAACCACUUCGACCCUGUCAAGUCAGAAUAUUCACUUAAGAAAGGACUUGCAGCUUAAGAAUACUUGAAUCAUUGCAGAUUACUGGGAGCAGCUGCAGGAGGAGUGGUGCUGGCAGUGUGAGGAUGUUGCUGCAUGAGGAGGCUGCAGCCUGAGAGGGACCUGCACCUGCCCAAGUGCUGCCUUGGGAAAUCUUGGCCCUUUCUGAGAGAAGUCUCCUCCCAAAGAGGCUGAUACCCAGCAGUAGCAGACAAGAGGCUUUGCUUCUUUUUUAUGAAGGAAGGGGCAGUUCGAUCUGGAGUAACUCACCUCUUACUCUUGAUGAGCAUUGAUGUGGAUUUUUUCAAAGAACCAUUAAUAUCUAAGAAGGCAGCACUUGCUUUAAAAAGAAAGCCACAUGCGUCAGACCAGUAUUUAAAUUUGUAAUUUACCCAUUUUAUCUUGAGCCUUCUUGUUUUGUUCCUUUCUUUUUUUUUAAGCGGGGUUUAGUUGCAAUGGAAGCUUGUGUGUGUUCAGAAGUAAAAACAUUAAAACAACUCAUCUCCAACCUCUUUGCCCACAGUCUUCUCCAGCUUAAUGAAUUAAAUUAAAUGUUCACUGUGUUGAUUUGGUUGCUAAAUAUUAGCUUGUGUUAAAGUGCCUUGAAUAGAAAAUUAUUUAAUGUCCAUUGUGCUUUGCAUUGUUCCAGGUAAUUUGCAGACUGGCAAUUACUGAAAUCACAAGUUUGGAGGUGCUGGAAGCUCCUGUUAAGUUUUAAAAGGCAGUAUUUAAUCCUGGUAGGAGUAUUUCACAAUGAUACAUCUAUGAGCAAAUUUUGUUCAUAAAACAGGAAUUCUGAAAAAUUGUAUGCAUUCACAGUGGUCAUUAGGAAAGGGAAUGGUAGGGGGAGGAUAGUGCUGAUGUGAUGGGUUUCCAUUCAUGUUAAUAGUAACACACAGCCAGAGAAGCAGCUUAAAGAUGUUAAAGAUGUUUAUAUUAAUUGUUAUUUUUUCCUAAGUAAAGUUAAACAUGCCUGUUCAGCAAAUGUUUUGAAAAGAUUUUUGAAGCAAAAUGCAUUCAUAACCAAACCUGAAACUCUUGGUUAUUGCAUAGAUUUUUAUUCUUAUAAAUUAAAAACUUUAUUAAACAGACCAUUAUGAACCAAACCCUUUUUAAUGAAAGCAUAAAUGCCUCAAAAAUACAGUACUAUACUGUCUUAUCCUUUUAUGAAUUCUUUUGUGCUGUCUGCCACAGAACCGAUUGUCAUUUCUUUAAGUUUGAAAAUGAGCACAUGGGAUCAGUCCUAGAUCAGCUGGUAAAACUCAGAUGCUUGGGAGUUUACUUUGCAUUUAUAUUUUUUUUCAAGUGGGAGUUUCUGGUUAUUAUUUGAGUUCCUUUCUGGCUCUGUUACUGGGAUAGCUUCAGUUUUCAAUAACUCUGUACUGAAUGCAUUUAUUAGUGCUAUUGGUUGAAAAUGAAUGGGGUUGGAAAAACCAUUUGAAGCCGUCUCUAGGAGAACAAGGAACAUUUACACACUUGGGGUUUUGCAAGGAUUGCUGUGUUCAAGUUCAGUUUGAUUCUGAGUUGAUGUGUAUGUUGUGGAACUCUAAAUAAAUCUUUGUCCUUCUA